UUGAGGGCCUUGUCGUAGCCUGCCAGUCGCAGUGAAGGCCGGCAUUCAUGGUUUGAUCUGUUCUGAAUGAUAUGUUGUUCUCUCUCUUCCCCUCUCCCUCGUCCUGUGGGCAUUCGAUGCUGUGUCGGGACUCGUGACGAUGACGUGGUGUUCCCACUCUCUUUCUCUCUCUCUCUCUCUGUCUCUCUCUCAGAUCCAGCAACGCAAUAAAUCGAGUGAUGGGCAAGCCAACAGAUACACCAGAGGGCGAAGAGGUGGAAACAUAGAGCGGUUGACCAAAUCCAGCACCCGACCGUUCAUUUCAUUAAAAGAAGACCAGAGCAUCAAAGUCAUAGAUAACCAGGAGGAGCCAUGGAACGGCUAGAUAAAGAGGGAGACAACUGUCGUGGUCUUCUCUUUGUCUCUAAUUAUGGGGGAGGAAUCAGGACAAAGAGCAAGAUAGCUUUGCAUAAGCGGCGGCGGCGGCAGCAGCUGCGGCAGCAGCACUGAGAUCUGAGAGAAGCAACCAAGAGAAAAGGGAACGCGGCACUGAUUGAUCUUCACCACAAAGAAUGUGAAGGGGAAAAGCUGGAAAGAUGAUGGUUAUCAGCAGAGAGUAGGAAGUUGACAUAGUGUUUCUUUCUUUCCUCUUUUAUAGAUAGCCUUCUCUUUUUCUUCUUCGAAUAUUGGGCUCAUACUUGACUGAAGAGCUGGCGAACCGGUGGUGGACCGGAGCUGCGGCGAUGGGAGGGGCCAAUCUCGGCGUCACCUCUGCGACCUCGGCUCCUUCCCUCCAUCUCCGCAACACCAACAGCGCCGACGACCACUGCAACUUCCACUUCAGCAGAAGAGAGCAAGAGCUAACCACCACCAACAGUAGUGGCAGCAACAACCACCUCAACGACGACGACGGCCAUGCCGACGUCCAGUCCGCAGGCGGCCUUGAGGUGGUCGAGGCUGGCGCAGGAGGUGGAGCGAGCGGCAAUAUCACUGGCAGGCGCCCGCGUGGCCGGCCGCCUGGGUCCAAGAACAAGCCGAAGCCACCCAUAAUCAUCACGACAGAAAGCCCCAGCGCGCUCCGAUCGCACGUCCUCGAGAUCGCGGGCGGGACGGACAUCAUGGACGCCGUGGCGACCUUCGCUCGCCGGAGGCAGUGUGGUGUCUGCAUCUUGAGCGGCCGUGGGGUCGUCACCAAUGUCACGCUUCGACAGCCAGGUGCACCGCCGGGGGUCAUCGUCCUCCAUGGCCGCUUCGAGAUCCUCUCUCUUUCCGGGGCGUUCCUUCCGGAGCCAUCCCCACCUGGGGCAACCGGGCUCACGAUCUACUUAGCCGGCGGCCAGGGGCAGGUGGUGGGAGGUAAUGUUAUGGGCGAAUUGGUUUCAUUAGGCACCGUGAUGGUGAUCGCAGCCACAUUCUCGAACGCCACGUACGAGCGUCUACCCCUCGAGGAAGAAGAACCCGUGGCAGCGGGAGCUCCGCCAGGCACAGAGGCAAUUAAGUUGCAGCAGAGCCAAAGGGGCGAUGGAGGUGUGUCGACGCCGCUGUACAAUCUACCGCCGAAUCUUUCCCCUAAUGGUGAGAUGUCCAUUGAGGCUUUCGGCGCUUGGGCGUCUGCUGCAACUCCUCAGCCGCCACCAUCCUACUAAGUCUCUUCUCUUCAUCUAUGUUUGGCUACUGUUUCUGAUAACUACUUAUGCUUCUACUGUUCGUCGUCAUUGCGCAUGCGCGUUCUCUUUCUUCUGUGAACAUAUUUGUUAGCUGCAGUUUGAUCAUUCUCAGCAGCUUGUGGUUUUAAUACCUACUUUCCACCUUUGUUAUCUUCAUGACCUAUCCGAGGUUAUUUAGUAAGCUAGCAUGAAACAUACUACAUAUUUGUCUUUCUGCAGUUAUACUGCACUGAAGCUGGAAUUUUAUUCUUCUCUCAAAAGGAAAAAAACACAAGUUCUGAUCAUUUGUUCAUUCGUAACUUUGGACUGACUACAUAUUGCUUUAGCUUGCUAUA